UGUUCCAAUAAAAACAAGGAUAACAGUAAAAUUUGUUAUAAAUAAUAUUAGGGCAAGAUAGAGAUAAACAGCGAAAUCACUGUCACUGUCUAUCAUAGGUGUUAUCAUCAAAUGUCACAAAGAAACAAAUUUGUUGUGCAAAGUGGAAUUCUUUAAUUCAAACGCAAAUAUUUGUGUUUUGUCAAAGGAAAUACGAGUCCAAAAGUGACAAAGGAUUUUUAAAAUACUACAUAAUUUGGUUUAUAUAUAAAAUAGAUUUUUCUAUUUUCUCAGCCAAAGAUUCACCGGAUUUUCAUUAUCAAUAUUUCAGUAGCAUCAAGAUGCCCAUUUUGUAUAGUGUUAUUUGUCGGGGGAGUACUGUUUUGGUGAAAUACGCAACAUGUGCUGGUAAUUUUGGAGAAGUUACUGAACAAAUUAUAUCUAAGAUUCCUCCUCAUAAUGAUAGGCUUACAUACUCUCAUGGAAACUAUCUCUUCCACUAUGUUCUUGAAAAUAGAAUUUUAUAUAUGUGUAUAACAGAUGAUGAAUUUGAAAGAAGUCGUGCAUUUUUGUAUCUUAAUCAAAUUAAAAGAAGAUUCCAAUCCACAUAUGGAGCCAGUGCAGAGACAGCUAUUGCCUAUGCUAUGAAUUCAGAAUUCUCAACGGUUUUGGCCACUGAAAUGAAACUUUACUCAGAAUCUCAUGAUCUCGACACAAUAUCGAGAGUACACAGCGAAUUAGAUGAGUUAAAGGAUAUAAUGGUCAAAAAUAUUGAUAACAUUUCAAUGAGAGGGGAAAGGCUAGAACUACUUGUCAACAAAGCAGACGAUCUUAAUCAAGGCUCGGUGACGUUUAGAACUACGAGCAGAAACCUAGCCAGAUCGUUAUUCUGGAAAAAUAUGAAGAUGUACAUUAUUAUUGGCGUCGUUGUUACUGUGAUCGUCUAUUUUAUUGUCUCCAUUUCUUGCGGAGGCUUAUUAUGGCAAGGAUGUAUUUCGAAAAAAUAAUUACCAACAAAUAUAUUAGUGAACUUAAGAUACAUCAUAUAAUUUUAGGGAAAAUACUUUUUAUUUGUAAUGUUUAAAUCAUGAUUUUAUUGAAUUUUACCAUGCAGCAGGUGUGAGAGAUUUAUGUAAGUACAAUAAGAUAUGGUUGAAUGCUCGAAUAUAUAAAUUUUACAAAUAAAAGGCAGAACGAGCACAGUUAUUUAUUAAAUCUUGCCUAAGUACUUUCGCCCUCAUAGCAUCAUCAGGGGCAGUUCGUCAAAAAAAAAAAGAAUGUGUGUGUACUUUGUACGCACGUAAGAAGUUAUACAUACUUCUAUUAUAUAUGAUUGCAACGAAAUAAAUAUACUUUCAACAGGU